GCAAAAAAGUUCCCGAGCCUCAACCUCGACAACCAUUACCAUCACAGGCUCUCCCUUCGCACAUUACUACAUCAUGGCUUUCCCAGGCGGCAUGGGCAUGCCCGGCAUGAACAAUGACACCGCAGGGAUGUCCGAGCAGGAGAAACAGAUGGUCAAAUACAUGCAAAUGGGCAUGGAAAGCUGCGCCGGCAAGACCGUCAUGUCCGGCGUCAUGGGCGCGGGACUGGGGGGUAUGUUUGGGCUGUUCAUGAGUAGUAUGCGCUACGACACCCCCUACACGGCCCAAGGCGCCGAAAUCGCCGCCCUCCCCUUCAAGCAGCAGCUGCGCGCCGGCAUGCGCGAAAUGGGGCGGGCAUCCUACAGCUCCGCCAAAAACUUCGGGAAAGUGGGCGCGAUCUUCAGCGGCACCGAGUGCGUGAUCGAGGGCUUCCGGGCAAAGAGCGAUUUGUAUAAUGGCGUCGCGGCGGGGUGUAUCACGGGCGGGGCGCUGGCGGCGGCGGCGGGACCGCAGGCGGCGGCCGUGGGGUGUGCAGGGUUUGCGGUCUUCAGCGCGGCGAUUGAUGCGUAUAUGCGCAUGCCGGAGGAUGAGAAGAGUAGGCCGAUUGCGUAGAUCGGGAGGGGAGAGAGAAGGAAGGGCGUUUUGGUUGGGGAGGGGCAUUGCAUUGGGCGGCGUUUAGACAUGGGAUGUGCAAGAUUUUGGAAUAAUUGGCUGGCUGUAGAACCAUUGUAUAUUAUACGACAUAAGGAAUCUCGACCUUGUAAGAUGGUGGAUGGAAUUUUUUCUCGGAUGAGUUGCAGAUGGAGAGCCUCUACUCAGAUCGAUCACCACUCAGACUUCUCAAAGAUCACGAUAAAGAGAGUAUCAAGAUUCAUUGAUACAUUUCAUCUACAAAUUAUUUACACUAAUG